AUGUUGCAAAGAGAAGAGAGUAAAACGAGCGCGAUUGAAAUGAGCAUUGAAUCUUCUCGAGAAAGACGACGACGACGACGACGACAACGAGGACGGAUAGAACGAAAACAAUCAUCGUCGUCGUCCUUGAUAUUCUUCUUCUUUUUUAUCUUCUCCGCGUCGUCCUCCUUCGUUUGUUUGUUUUCUCUUUUCGCGUCUGCUGAAACAAAAGUCGGACCGAGAAGCACGACGACGACGACGACGACGACGGCGACGACGCCUUUUGCGACGACUGCAACACUCUCUCACACGGGAGGUCGUUCAUUUACAAACUCUUCGGGAGCGCCAAACGUGGUAAAACCUCGAGAAACGAGAAUCAUUAACGGCGUUCCAUCGCUCGUAUCAUCUCCAAGAAAUCGAAUAAUUAACGGGGUACCGGUGUAUGAAACAUCCGCGUUUCCCUUUAUCGUUGCCAUUUUUGGAUCGUACGCGGAUGAGAAUGGUAACACAGUUCGCGAUUUUAGAUGUGGAGGGACUUUCAUAUCCACUCGACACGUUUUGACGGCAUCGCACUGUUUCUUUUCUGAUGGACUCGUUUCGAACACGCGAAACUUUUACGAUAAGAUGGAGGUACUGGUAAACUCAGUUCAGCUCGAUCAAGGAGGAGAAGGUCAGGAACUUAAGUUUAUUGAAAUUGCCGAAGCGCACGGAAAUCCGGAUUUCAAUGGGAUAAACUUUGAUCAAGAUUGCACUGUGCUUCGUCUGGUAAGACCGGCGAGUGAAAUAUUCGACGUACAACCCGUUCGACUCGCGUGGGGUGCCGAAGAAGUAGACGAAGACGAAUACAAAACUGUUUACGACGAGAACGAGAUGUGCUACGUCGUUGGGUUUGGCGUAGACUCGAGCGGUUUCUUAACUGAGCAUUUGAAUAACGCGACUGUUCCGCUCGUCUCCGAAGAGACGUGCGAGCAUAGCGAUUCCUAUCCGGGAUGGCCAUACGGGAAUCCAAUUUCAUCCUCCAUGAUUUGCGCGGGAUAUAAAUCUGGAGGUACAGAUGCUUGUCAAGGAGAUUCGGGCGGGCCGUUAUUAAAUGCGCGUACGCUUGCUCAAGUCGGCAUCGUAAGCUGGGGCGAAGGCUGUGCCUUGGAAAAUAAAUAUGGCGUAUACACAAAAGUAAGCAAAAUGCGAGCUUGA